GUCGUUAAGUCAGAAACGACUCUUAUUCACACUUUCUCCGGAGACCGGCUCGCAGUCUUGGGCACUUCUUUGAAUUUCGUGUUCUGAAGUAAGCAAUGUAAAGAAGAGCUUUGAAUGUCAAAACAAAUUGACAAACUCCAUAAAUACAAGCAAUCGGGAUGCUGUUAGCCGCAUACAUGUACAUCAAUUUUCUAUUGUUUUGCUGUAUGAACAAAGUCGCGAUGGCCCUUGAAACAGAGAAAACGUCAUUGCGGGACAAUAUAUUGGAAAAAAUAUAUGUGACGGAAUCCAGCGAUUUGCAUUCCAUGAUACUAAAUACUUCGGCCAGGAAAUAUGAAACUCUGCGUGCGAGGAAAAUAUUUGAUGCGUACAUGCCCUCAUACUGUACUUUGGACACACCUGAACGUUUGCCGCAUCCCAUUUCGGAGGCAAAUGGCCUCGUCCUAAUGGUCUCUUGUGACGUUGACGGAUCCCAUAUCUGGUCUUUAGAGUUAUUUCGGGCUAUGGUCAAUGACAUGUUGAAGCUUACAGAAAUAGAUGUUGGACUCUCCCUGUCGUGCAGAGGAAAUGGUACUGUCAACUUGCCAUGGCCUAUGAGAGCCAACAAUUUGCGAUAUUUGGAAGUACAGGCUUGCUACAUUGUGGACCAUUACACAGAAGCGUACGAAUAUAAAAUUGAUGAGCUGCCAGACACGAUUGAAUCAUUUCGAAUGAAAGACUGUGUCAUUAUUAAUGACAUAAGCUAUUUUGAAUAUCAAUUAAAAUCUAAUGCUUUUCUUUUAACACGCGCAUCUAUAUGCGGACCAGAAAAUGCAAAACUCUUUGCGUAUGUUAACAUCACGGCCACGUUUUAUGGAUCGAAGUCCCUGGCUCUGAAGGAAUUCCGUAAUUUAGGAAAAUUGUAUACCAAGAACAUUACAAUUAUGGCUGCUAACACUGUCAGCUGUCAAUACAGGAACUUAGUGGUGUUCGAUCAGAGUCAGACAAAAAACCACGGAUCUACUUACUUCCAAGACCUGAUUGGUCAUUCUUACCCAGUCCUUAAGGUUCUGAACUUUUCAAAUACCGAGCUCUAUAACAUUCCUCCAAGUCUUCGUCACUGGCGUUUAAAUUUCCCAAAGUUGAAAGUCUUAGAUUUAAGCAACAACCACAUAAGUGAUUUAAUAAUUUUCAUCGACCAUGAUCCUGAUAGCUCCGACAAGGGCGUCAUAAAUUUACAGUAUAACAACUUGACAAGCGUAUCAGAUAAUCAGCUAAAAAAUUUCUUCGAAAAACACAGUUCCUUUUACAUCGAUGUGCAAAACAAUCCUUUCUCGUGCGGAUGUGAAAUGCGUGAUGUUAAACAUUUCAUUUUGAAUAAUACGAAAACUAAGCCAAGAAACUCUUCUGAAUAUUCUUAUUUACGAGGAUUAAAGUGUCAGAAUCCUAAAUCCGUGGCAGGGCGGGAACUGAUAACGCUGUCAGAUGCCGAUAUAGGGUGUGGAAGUGAAAUUCAAGUGUUACAGAGUGGCCCUAUUAUCAUACUGUGUGUUCUAGUCUUUGUCCUUUUUGUAUGCCUUGUCGUCAUUAUUCGAUAUAGAGUUGAAAUAAAGAUAUUAGCUUUUACGCGAUUUAACAUUGUGUUUCCUUGCCAGCAGCAGGAUAACUUGGACAACAAGAAAUUUGACGCUUUUGUUGCCUACAGCCAACAGGAUUCCGACUGGGUUCUGAAGAACCUGGUUUGGCAGCUAGAGACCAAGCUACAGAAUCAUGAUCAAAGGUUCCAUCUCUGUCUGCAUCAGAGGGAUUUUACGGUAGGCGCUCCAAUAGCUGAGAACAUUAUAAAUAGUAUCGAACGUAGUCGACAUACAAUUCUUGUUAUCUCCUCCAACUUUGUCAGAAGUGAAUGGUGUUUGAUGGAAUUUAGAACAGCUUUCCAUCAGAGUCUGAUCGAAAAAAGACGACACAUGAUAAUCAUUGUGAUGGGAGACUUGCCCCACGGGGAGUUGGACACUGACAUUAAGAGGUGUCUUAAGACGCUGACGUAUUUAGAAACCCAUGACAGGUUAUUCUGGGACAAACUUGUGUAUGCGUUAUCUGAUAAACAAAGACUGCGGCGCCGCGGCAGAAAUCAUUCUAGACUGGCCUUGUCUCAUCAGUCUCAUUAUCUGUCCUCUCCAAAAUAUUGAAUUGAACUUUUAUAAGAAAAGACAUUUGUUCGAGGAAUGUAUUCAAAUAUUUUAAUCAUGUUUAAAAUGUUCAUUUAAUUUCUAUUCGAAUGACACAUAUUUCUGUUCUUUUUCUCAGUUAUUGACUGUAAUUGAUAUUCAUAUAAUUUUUGUAAUAAAAGUAAU